AUGGUUCGUCCACACAUUCAAGGUUUUCCCAACGAAAUCCUGUGGCAGGUCGCGGCAAGUCUGAACGGUAUGGAGAUGUUUGCCGUUGCAGGAUCAUGCCAAAAUUUAUACGACAGACUGCAGCCUGCCUUUCUAAAAUAUAAUAUCAAAUACCAAAACAGCAAUCUAUUGCAUUUGGCAGCCGAGACCAAUGAUGUAUCCUUGACAGAGGCUCUGCUUGGCUGUCACGCUAACGUCAAUGCAUUUUUUCGCGGGAAAACUGCGAUUAUGAGAGCUUUGGAACACUCUUCCAUCAAAGUGCUUCUGCUCCUGAUGAAAGCACCCUGGGUAGACAUUAAUCUCCAGAACCAAGCUUGGGAGAGCGCGUUAUGGUAUGCCAUCAAGUAUGGCACAAGCCGGACUGUUCUGAAGAUAGCAGUUGCCUGUCCAGGCAUCAAGUUGGACCUGAGACACAAACGAGGUCGAACGGCGCUCCACCGAGCAGUCUGGGCGGGCAGGAUUGGACUCGUGCAGGUGUUGCUUUCUCAGGGUAGCGAUCCCAAUGCCAAAGAUGACAGCGGCUACUCACUAUGGGACUGGGCAUGCCAUAACGACAAGCCUUUUAUGAAGAGGAUUUUCUCCACGACGCCCAAUUCUGGGUGCCUAUUCGACAUAGAUCCCGUAUAUCACGACCAGCGACCCCUUCAUCAAGCCGUGGCCCAUGGAUCGACAGAUGCUGUACGGCAGCUGCUGGGAAAGAAUGAUGUCGAUCUGAGAGCUCACGAUCGAAAUGGCAACACGCCGCUCCAUCUUGCGGUUCGGACCCGAAGCCGGGAAGUAGUGGCUUUGCUGCUGGAUCACCCGCGGGUCAGAAUCAAUUGCAGAGACAAGCAUGGAAACACGCCUCUCUGGUUGGCUACACAAAUAUCUACACACCUGUCAUUUGACGCCGUCGCCGAGAGACUUUUAGAGGAGAGAGGUGUUGAUAUCAAUUUCCGUCUCCUGGCUGUACCGGGGAUCGAACUCGGUCUCUUCGCCGCAGGCCAGUCGCCCUUUGGUCUCGCGUGUGCGCACGGACGUGUCGAGGCGAUGAAGGUGCUGCUGAACACGGGCCGCGUAGAUAUCAACACCAGCGAAUUUGGAGAUCCACCGAUUUUUCAGGCAGUGGAAAGGGGCCAGCUAGAAGCGGUGCGUCUCUUAGUGCAGCAGGGCGGGCGUCUGCAGAUCAAUCGGAAAACCAUGAUGGCUCACGACACUGCGCUCUGCAUCGCCGCGCGGGAUGGGAGUUCGGAGAUAGCCCGGGCUCUGCUACGCCAUGACCAGAUCGAUCCGAAUCUUGAGAACUAG